UCCCGGCGCCAGGCUCUCCUCUCCCGGCUGACCCUCGCCUCUCCUCCCCUGGAGACCCCCCUCUCUUCUCCUCCUCUCACUCCAGCUUUAAAGGACUGCUCUGAACACUGGGAUCUAAAACACCACCCGGAGAAACCCACAGGGAUCCCGGGCUCUUCUUUGGAUCAGGACCCGGUACUUUGGGAGUCCUCCUCCCCUCCUCUUCCUCCUCCUCCUCCUCCUCCUUUCUGCAGCGCCUUAAUCCAGGUGGUCCUUUUGGCUUUUUUGAGUGUCUGGUACAGCAGGGAGGAUUAUUCUUCUUCUUCUUCUUUCUUCUUGUUUCUGGUGAAGACUCCCAGAAGGUUUUUGAUGUUCUCCAUCCAGGACAGCCUCCCCCGGGGGGCCCUGACCAUGAAGGAGGAGCCGCUCCCCACCGGCAUGACCCCGGUCCGGUCCUGGAUGCAGGGCGCGGGGAUCCUGGACGCCAACACAGCGGCGCAGAGUGGUGUGGGUCUGGCUCGCGCUCACUUUGAGAAACAGCCUCCCUCCAACCUGAGGAAGUCCAACUUCUUCCACUUCGUGUUGGCGCUGUACGAUCGUCAGGGGCAACCGGUAGAGAUCGAGAGGACGUCCUACAUCGACUUUGUGGAGAAGGACAAGGAGUAUAACGGAGAGAAGACCAACAAUGGGAUCCACUACAGGCUACAGCUCCUCUACAGCAACGGCAUCAGGACGGAACAGGAUCUGUUCGUCCGGCUGAUCGACUCCAUGACCAAAGUGCCCAUCAUUUACGAAGGUCAGGACAAAAACCCUGAGAUGUGUCGCGUCCUCCUCACCCACGAGAUCAUGUGCAGAUUCUUCCUCAAGAACUUCCUCAAGUGCAAUCAGAACUGUUUGAAAAAUGCAGGAAAUCCCAGAGACAUGCGCCGGUUCCAGGUUGUUAUCUCCACUACAGUGAACGUCGACGGUCACGUUCUCGCCGUCUCCGACAACAUGUUCGUCCACAACAACUCCAAACAUGGCCGCCGCGCCCGGAGGCUGGACCCGUCCGAAGCAGCGACGCCUUGCAUCAAAGCGAUCAGUCCGAGUGAAGGAUGGACGACCGGAGGAGCGACCGUUAUUCUGAUCGGAGACAAUUUCUUUGAUGGAUUGCAGGUCGUUUUCGGCACCAUGUUGGUGUGGAGCGAGCUGAUCACCCCCCAUGCGAUCCGGGUGCAGACGCCCCCCCGCCACAUCCCAGGGGUCGUAGAGGUCACGCUGUCGUACAAAUCUAAACAGUUCUGCAAAGGAGCACCGGGACGCUUCGUCUACACCGCCCUGAACGAGCCCACCAUUGACUACGGCUUCCAGAGGUUACAGAAGGUCAUCCCCCGUCACCCUGGAGACCCCGAGAGGUUACCUAAGGAGGUUCUUCUGAAGAGAGCAGCUGAUCUGGUGGAGGCUCUUUAUGGGAUGCCUCACAACAACCAGGAGAUCAUCCUGAAGCGAGCAGCUGACCUCACCGAGGCUCUCUACAGCGUCCCUCGCUCCCACAACCAGCUGCCCUCUCUCUCAGGCUCCGCCCACUCAGGCAUGAUGAACUCCUUCAGCAGCCAAUUAGCUGUCAACAUCUCCGAGGCGUCUCAGGAGCAGGGAUACUCCCGUAACUCGAACAGCGUGUCCCCGCGCGGCUACGUGCCGUCCUCCACGCCUCAGCAGUCCAACUACAACACCAUCACGUCCUCCAUGAACGGGUACGGAGCGGGGAUGACCAACCUGGGGGUCCCGGGGUCUCCAAGCUUCCUCAACGGCUCCACAAACUCUGCCUACGCAAUCAAACAGAAGAGCGCCUUCGCCCCCGUCGUCAGGCCUCAGGUCUCCCCGCCCCCCGGCUGCACCUCGUCCAAUGGCAGCAACCUCCAGGCGUCAGAAAAACGAGGCGCCGCCAUUACGCCCGUCGUGUUCGUCCUCCGGGAACCGCCAUCAUCUUCAUCAUCUUCAUCUUCAUCCUCAUCCUCAUCGCCUCUGAAGCGACAACACGGCGAGUCGCUCCUCUUCGUCGUGUUGCAGUUGGCAGAAACGCCGCCUGUUAAUUAUGGUUUCAGUGCCAAGCAUACAAUCACACGCUCACGUGUCCGAUUCUCCCCUGUGGGCCCUGAACGCACCGUCAGGUCUAACAUCCCAUCAUCACCUGUCUGCCCCGGUGUGACAACAUAUGGUUUGCGGCCCCCAAACGGACGCUUGAGGGGCCUCCCUGUGUGGGGUUUCCUGCCCAGAGCAGCAGGGUCCCGCAUCACCUACAAACUCCUCCUUGUCACCUACAAGUGCCUCCGUGCCCUCUCCCCUCAGUCCCUCACAGAUCUCCUCCACCCCCCGUCCCGCACCCUUCGAUCCUCAGACUCCGGCCUGCUCUCCAUUCCCCAUUCACGCCUCCGCACCUUCGGGGGCCGUGCCUUCAGUGUCGCUGCCCCCCCCCCCUCUGGAACUCCCUCCCUGCUGAAAUCCGUAACGCCCCUUCUCUGA